CUUGCUCUUACCGAUUCUUCGCAACUUCUCCUGUUUGGCCGUGUUCUAUCGUUUCGUCAGCUCUACUCGAUAAAUUGAAAAGAUGGCUACUCGUCUGCUAAAAAUUAGCAGCGCACUGCGCUCGUAUACUAAUAAAACCAGUCUUGUAAAGGUACCAAAACAAUGGCAGUCGACUGCUGCUUCUUUAAAAGAAGCGCUUAUCAAUCAACCAGCCACGAGAGUUACAACUUUGGAUAGUGGAAUGAGAGUUGCCAGCGAAGACAGUGGAGCUGCGACAGCUACAGUUGGUCUUUGGAUUGAUUCUGGUAGUCGAUAUGAAACCGAUGAAAACAAUGGUGUUGCCCAUUUUAUGGAGCACAUGGCGUUUAAGGGAACUGCCAAACGUUCUCAAACUGAUUUAGAGUUAGAAAUCGAAAAUAUGGGGGCUCAUUUGAAUGCUUACACGAGUCGAGAACAAACGGUAUUUUAUGCAAAAUGUUUGUCGCAAGAUGUACCAAAAGCUAUUGAGAUUCUCAGUGAUAUUAUUAAGAAUUCUAAAUUGGGCGAAAAUGAGAUUGAAAGGGAACGUGGUGUCAUCUUACGCGAAAUGCAGGAGGUUGAAACAAAUUUACAAGAAGUUGUAUUCGAUCACUUGCAUGGUGCUGCCUAUCAAGGUACAUCUUUGGGACGCACGAUAUUGGGGCCCACUAAGAAUAUCAAAAAUAUUUCACGGGAUGAUCUUGUUAAAUAUGUAAAAACUCAUUAUGGACCAUCUAGAUUUGUACUAGCUGGCGCUGGUGGUGUUGAUCACAGUCAAUUAAUUGAACUUGCCAACAAGCAUUUUGGUCAAAUAAAAGGACCGCAAUAUGAUGAAAUUCCGGAGUAUAUCAAAUCUUGUCGGUAUACCGGUUCUGAAAUAAGAGUUCGCGACGAUACGAUUCCUCUCGCUCAUAUCGCAAUUGCUGUCGAAGGCGCUGGAUGGGCCGAGGCAGACAACAUUCCUCUCAUGGUGGCAAAUACUCUUAUCGGAGCAUGGGACCGUAGUCAAGGAGGAGGUGUGAAUAAUGCUAGCGGUUUAGCUAAGGCUUGCGCAGAGGAUAGCUUAUGUCAUAGUUAUCAGAGUUUCAACACAUGUUACAAGGAUACAGGACUUUGGGGUAUAUAUUUUGUUUGUGAUCCCAUGCAAUGCGAUGAUAUGACAGCGAAUAUUCAACAUGAAUGGAUGAAGCUGUGUACAUCAGUCACCGAGAAAGAAGUAGCACGUGCAAAGAAUAUCCUCAAAACUAACAUGUUCUUGCAAUUGGAUGGCACUACCGCUGUUUGUGAAGAUAUUGGCCGUCAAAUGUUAUGUUACAAUCGUCGUAUACCACUACACGAGCUUGAGGCGAGGAUAGACAGCAUAACUGCUGAAACUAUUCAAAAUGUUGGUAUGAAAUACAUUUUUGAUCAUUGCCCAGUGAUCGCAGCAGUUGGACCUGUUGAAAAUUUACCAGAUUACAACAAUAUCCGUAAUUCUAUGUAUUGGCUCAGGGUGUAACCAUCUUUAAUUAUUAAUAAAUCUUUAGCAUAGCAAUUAGAAAUAAAAUAAAACUACGAUACGCAUAUGUCUGCCCCAAUUCUGAUAAAAUAUCUAUGUAAGUUGAUAAUAUUUCAUUGUUGAUUCAACUGUUUUCUUGUAUAACAAUAUAAAAAUUGUAUCUUCCUCCAUAUGAGAUUGUAGUUUUAUUUUGCCAUACAUUUACGAAAAAAAUGUUCGUGAUGUAUAUUGUCUGACGAAAUAAACACGGUCGAAAACAUU